UUCCUGUUUAGCCGAGCGCGCGCCGUUCAAAACACAUUGAGGAAACGCGGGCAGAGAGGACAAGUUGGACAACUGGAGUUCUAAUUAUCUUUUAUUUCACCACAUUCACAGUUGGAUUGUUUCAUCUAAAACCAUACAAGCCUUUUAAGUGAAUGACUAAAAAUGAUGCCCUUGAACACUCGUAAGAGGAAGCUGUCCUCCGUGGACUCGGACAAUCAACCAGCUCAGGAGAGACAUGAGGCGUCUCCUACCAAGAGGAGAUCUCCCAGAAAAAGACUGGAUGUACUUUUGAACAAAGAAAACAAUCCGUCACCGAGGCAGUCACCUCGUAAAGCAACAGGCUUUCCAUUCAAAACAAGCUCUUUUUACGGACCAAAAAAGAGUGCAUAUCUCACUCCUCUGGAGAGGAAAGCAGUAAAAGAAUCGCUUCCUAGCCGUCCUCCUCCUACAUCUUCUCCGGGUAAGGCUAAAAGUGUCCCGAAGGAAACCGAAAACGCGGCAAAAGGCAAGCAGACUAAGCUGAAGGCAAGUUCAAGCAUCACAAGCUUCACCACAAAAACCAAGACGAUCAAACUGUCCAAGAUUAACUGGAGCAGCAAUGCAUCCAACAAGCCCCCCGAACCCAAGAAAUGCAUUACCCUCACCUUCAACAACAUGAAGAAACCCAAAACAAAGAUUUUUGUGGGUGCUGCCUUCUUCAGUACAGCUAAGAAGACAACAUCGAUGCACAAAAAGGCAGCCACUGCAAACGUGAAACGCGAAUCUGCUGGCAAAAAGGACAAGCUCAAGAAUCAGGGAGCAGCCAUCAUGCCUGAGAAGAAACCACUCGUCGAAGACGUUGAGCCAAUGGAAGUGUUCAACAGUGGUGACGUGCUAGAGAAGCAGCUGAGUUCACCUAAAGUCCUGGCUGAGAAUUACCAUAUCAAAAAGGAACUGAAAAUCGUGCUGACCAGAAGUCCGAUUUGUACAUCGGAGAUCUCGUCCUUCAAUUCUAAGGAUGAAAACUCUAAGCCAGUUUGUGAGCUUGAUGACACAAAUCCGAGCAGUACUGUUUCCACGCCACCCAAAGAAUCUGGCUCUGUGUAUCCCAUUUUUGGAUCUGCUUCCAAACGGUCCAAGAGCACCCCGACUCAGCCAUCAUCGACUACCAAAGAGCGAACCACUCGCUGGCGGAAGGAGAAGCACGACCGUGACCAGCUCAUCAUCGACGCAGGCCAAAAGCAGUUUGGCGCCACCACCUGCGGCUCGUGCGGGAUGGUUUACAGUGCGGACAACCCAGAAGACAACUUACAACAUGACCAGUUCCACCAGUCCAUCCUGGACUCGAUUAAAUUUGUGGGUUGGAAGAAGGAGCGAGUUGUGGCAGAAUUCUGGGAUGGAAAAAUCAUCAUGGUCAUGCCGGAUGACCCCAAAUAUGCUGUCAAAAAGGCGGAGGAUGUACGUCGCAUUGCAGACAACGAGUUAGGCUUCCAGCAGAUGGCGCUGAGCAGACCCUCGCAGAGCAAGACUUACUUGUUUGUCAAUAGAGAUCGGAUGGUGGUGGGCUGCCUGGUCGCGGAAUCCAUACGACAGGCCUUCAGAGUGCUGGAGACGCCGAAUCAGUUGAAGGACAUGACCAAGGACGACUUCAUGGACCAGCACCGGGCGUGGUGCUGCUCCACCGUGCCGGAAAAGGCACUGUGCGGAGUCAGUCGCGUGUGGGUCUUCAGCCUGUCCCGGCGACAGGGCGUGGCUCGCCGCAUGCUGGAUACCGUCAGGAGCACCUUUAUGUACGGCAGUCACCUUACAAAGGAAGAAAUCGCCUUCUCCGACCCGACGCCGGACGGAAAACAGUUCGCGACGGCGUACUGCGGGACGCCCACGUUCCUCGUCUACAACUUUGUUGCGUGAAGUGAGCGGACGCCGACUUGGAAUGUGAUUUUGAGUUAGUUUGGAUAGUUUGUAUUUAAAUCAUUCACUAGGAGUGUUGGUGAAUGAUCACGUUUCAGUGCCAUUGAUGUCAAUGGCCGCCUGUUAAACUCAGGGCUGAGUAUUGUAUAUUUGCUGUAGUUUUAUGCAGAUGUUUAUAUGGAAAGGCCUCCCUGUUUAACACUUUAAGGCUACGUUUUUACAGCCUUUUUUCCUGUCAUUUUGAAGGAGAAAAAGUGUUCUUUGUUGUAAAAAUGUUCAAUAAACAGCCGUUG